AUGAACAGCGAACCAGAGCUCAAACAGAGGUCUGUGGUGUCCUCGUUUAUCUACUCAAAUGCAGGAGAAAACAAAGUCGCUCUAUUCCGGCGAAGCGAGAAAGUCAGGACAUAUCAACACCACCUCGCUCCCAUCUCAGGCAGUAUAGAGAGUCAUGAAACGCCGGUAGCAGCGGCAUGGCGGGAGUUGAACGAGGAGACUACUCUCACCUCACGAGAUCUUGAUCUUUGGCGACAAGGAAAACCAUACACCUUUGCCGAUCCUUCUGUCGGUCGGCAAUGGACCAUUUUCCCGUUCCUAUUCCGACUCAAAGACCACCGUGAAGGUGGUUGUGGAGAGGAGGGUAUUCAAAUUGACUGGGAGCACGAAAGCUGGCAGUGGUUUGGUCUCGAUACAGUCAAGGAUGAUGAGAAACUCUUCGGUGUGCCACGUCUGAAAGACAGCCUGCGACGAGUCUGGUUUGAAGGUGAAAUGAACAAGCACGCUAGCAAGGCACUCACAGCAGGCCUGGCAGAACUGAAGGCAGAUCAUCAGAGUGGAUCGCACGAGCUGACCUCGAUUGCGCUCAAGGCCUUCCGAGACGUUAUCGUGCAGAUGAGCGAGGACAUUGACACAAAGUGGUGGGAAACUGCUCGCAUGGCUGCAUGGCAUUUGUGGAAGAAUGGACGAGAAAGCAUGGGGGCAGCGACCUUGAAUGCAUUUCUAGGAUUGUUCGCCGACAUGGAAGAGAUCGUAUAUGAGACCAAUGACAGCAAAGCCAAACGGGAACGCCUGCUGGCCUUGCUUGACCACCAUUUGGACAAGCGCAAACAAAUGCCUAUGCACAUCAAACGCUCCUUUGGGACCUAUCUUCAAUCCAACAUUCUGCCUACAGCAGAAUCACAGCCUCCGUCCUCUCUCAUUAUCCUCACCCUCUCAUCGAGCUCUACCAUCCGAGAUAGUAUCCUGGAAGCCUUCGCAUCCCUUCCAAUUCUUAACCUGGACCUUAGGAUCCUAGAAUCUCGUCCGCUUUGUGAAGGGGUCAAAAUGGCGUCUUCCAUCCUCUCUGCCUUUCAGUCAAAAUUUCCCUCAUCUUCCGAUCAACAUCUGAAACUAACUGUGUACACCGAUGCAUCCGCUGCCCUCGCCAGCAAGGAAGUGGACUUCGUCCUGCUUGGGGCCGACCAGAUCUCAGAUUUAGGCUCAGUGAGCAAUAAAACUGGAUCUCUGCCAACUGUUCUGAGUGCCAAACAUGUGUGUCCUGGUGCCAAAGUCUUGGUUCUCAGUGAGCUAGAGAAGGUGGCCGAGCCUGGCGCCGAUAGCAAUAAUAGCCCCGAAGAGAAUGAUCCAAAAGAGCUGUUGGGUUGUUGGGCGGACAGCGGCAUGAAAGGAGUCAAGAUCCUUACUGGAGGAAUUGAAGCGGCUGGUCGAGGCAACAUGAAUUACGCAGUUGAGGUUAAGAAUAUCUACUUCGAAUGGGUUCCGGCUGAACUCAUAGAUGCGUAUAUCUGUGAGGAGGGGACUUUGGACGCCACUGUUAUUAAAGAGAAGGCCCAAUGGGUAAAGCAGAAGGCGGACAAGUACUUUGGUCAACUCUAG